AUGAAGUCGACCGUCUUCACCGCCGUCGCCGUUGCGGCUUCGUUGGCCGCGGGCUUCGAGCUCCCGUCCCACCUCGAGGGCAACACGACCUCGCUCGCCUUCGUCGCCCCGCUCGCCGCGCGCUGGAAAGGCGACUGCGAGCCGCUCUGCGAGAAGUACCGCAACUACGACCAGAUGUGCAUCAGCGGCGGCGCACCGCGGGACUGCCGGCUCGCGUGCAUCAGCAAGUGCUACACGCUGCACGAGUCCGACUCGGACUCACCCUCGUCGACCGAUCUCCUGGUCAUCCACUCGGAGCUCUCCGAGUGGCAGUACGUCGACCCGAUCCGCGACCACUCGGACUCGUCGGGCGACGAGCGCCACGACAUCCCGUGCCUGGGGUGGUGCAAGCGCAACGCGACGGUGCCGGCCAGCGCAUCGUCGCUCGCAGACGCCCAGGCGGCGGCCAUGGUCGACCGCGUCGCGGCCUACGGGCAGGUGUACCAGCACCUGGACGGCAUCGUCAACAUGGCGGACGUGCACGUGGCGGCGCUGCCGCCCGUCGGCACCACGCUGGACAUGUACCUCGUGAACUGGGUGCGCGCAUUCGAGGAGCAGCUGGCGGCGGGCGGCGACCUGGCGCCGUGGUUCAGCGAGCUGUACGGCCGCGCGGCGGCGUGCGACCUGGCGCCGGGCCGCGUGUGGGCGUACCGCUUCGAGAUGGUGGCCAACAAGAUCACGGACCGCGAGCUCAAGGACCUGACGCGGGUGCUGCCGGCGAAGCAGCAGGAGCGCAUUGUCAAGGCGGUGCGGGGUGCGUGGAAGGAGGGGUUUGGCGGCGUCGGCGCGAGUAAUGAGUGGAAGGAGGUGGAUGCGUGGAAGGAGGCCAACGCGUGGAAGGAUAGCUUUGGCGGGCUCAGCGAGACGCAGGUCAAGGCCCGGGGCGAGGCGGACGGCGUCAGCGAGAUGCAGGACGAGGCCAGGGUCUGGAAGGACGGGUUCGGCGGGCUCAGCGAGACGCAGGUCAAGGCCAGGGGCUGGGAGGAGGGCGUCAGCGAGGUCGAGGACAAGGCGCGAGUCGUCAAGGACAGUUUGGGCGCCACGCUCGGAGACUGGAAGGACAGGUUCUUCGACACGAUGCGCGAUACGUUCAAGUCCUUCGGGGACUUAUUCGGCAAGGCGUAG